UCCGCCGCGGCCUUCCGGGCACCGAGCGCCUGCGCGCCGCGGUGACAUGGCCACGCCGGCCAAGCGGCGGGCCCAGCCGCAGCCCCCAGCCGAGGAGAGCGGCUCCGAGUCCGAGUCUGAGCCGGAGUCGAGCGAGUCGGGCUCGGAGGAGGAAGAAGAGGAGGAGGCGAUCGAUGAGGAAGUGAAUAUUGAAUUUGAGGCACAUUCCAUAUCAGACAAUGACUAUAAUGGGAUAAGAAAGUUACUACAACAGUUGUUUCUAAAAGCCCCUGUUAACACUGCUGAAUUAACUGAUAUAUUAAUACAACAGAAUCAUAUUGGAAGUAUUAUCAAGCAAGCAGAAGUCCAAGAAGACAGUGAUGAUGAUGAAGAUGAUGAUGAAGUCUUUGGUUUCAUUAGCUGCUUAAACUUAACAGAAAGGAAGGAUACACAGUGUGUUGAACAAAUCAAAGAGCUGGUUCUAAGUCGGUGUGAGAAGAGCUGUGAACAGCAUGUAGUUGAACAACUGAAUAAGCUCCUGAAUGAUAGUACUAAGCCUGUGGGUCUUAUACUGAGUGAAAGAUUCAUUAAUGUACCACCACAGAUUGCUCUACCCAUGCACCAGCAGCUUCAGAAGGAGUUGAGUGAGGCACAGAGAACAAACAAACCAUGUGGAAAGUGCCACUACUAUCUCCUUAUCGGCAAGACCUUUACAGAAGCCACAAAGAGCAAUUCUAAGAAGAAGGGAGGGAGACAUCAGCAGAAGGAGGAAUUAAUGUUUGCAAAUGCAGAGGAAGAAUUCUUUUAUGAGAAAGCCCUUCUGAAGUUCAACUACUCUGUGCAAGAGGAAAGCGACACUUGUUUGGGUGGCAGAUGGUCCUUUGAUGAUGUACCAAUGAAACCCUUGCGUACUGUUAUGAUAGUUCCAGCUGAUGGAAUUCAUGCCAUUAUGGAUAAACUGAAAGACUAUCUCUCAGUCUGAGAUUUCCUAUAAACACUGGGUUUUAUAAAGCAGCCAUGCAGAACUAUGACUUUAGGGUUUUCAGAAGGCUGCUGUGGUAUUAAUGUUUUUUUGCUGCUCAAAUGCUUCCUCUGUACAUUUAGAAGACAAGGAGAUGGUACAAAUAAAAAUAUCUAUGAAAUUAAUAUUUUUAAAUAUUCUGUUUUAUGGUAUAUUGGUAUCACCAUUAAACAGUCAAUAAAAAAAGUGUAACAAGAAAAUGUCAAGAUCUGCUCAAUAUGUUUUUAACCAAAACUAAAUUGUAUAUUUUUGUUAUGAAAUAACACAUACAUAAGGAAGAAAAAGCUUUUUUCUGUAUGUUUCUUCUGUUAAAUACAUUUAUUUCAAAAGUUUGAAAUGAUUUCUUGGGUUAAGAUGGAGAUGGAUAUUUCAUGUACUGCUUUUAUUUGUAUUUGUCUGAUGUAUGAUGGUUCGGUCUAAAUUCACUGAAUAGUACAUCUUUGUUCAGUGGGAGUGGGAAAUUGUUCAUUUUCUUUGUCAUCAUUAGUUUUCUGUUCCUCCUUCAUGGCUGAAGCAGGUGACAAAUGAUUGAUCACCUCCUGCAGAAUAUCCUUGCUUUCACUGGGAGGAAGGUUGCUAAAGUAGUACUGAGGAACCAGCUCCACGAACCUGGUGAGGAAAUAAGACAAAACAUUGUGAAUAUCUUUUAAUUGAAUUGGAAAUGUUUGAAUAGCUAUUUCCAGGCUUGUACAAAAGACAGCAGCAGCAUGGUGCUGGUGCUUCAACUCAAACACAGAAUCUGCAAGAUGUAGUAAUAGUGUGUGGUUUUGGGAGACUGGCAAUGUACUCAGUCCAUACUUCAGGUGACGUUCAUUCAGGUCUCAAUGCUGCAGAUUGAAUUAAAUAGUAACUUUUCUGCAUUUGAACAUAUUUGUGGUUCAAUAAAAUGAUGAAAAAGGCUUUCUUAGAGGCAUUGGAAAUAGAAAAGAUAGGACAGUGAAAUGUAUAUUCUUGAUGUAAAGAGAUUUUUGCAGAAGGAAGACUAGUCUUCUCUUGAAUCCAUAAACAGUUGAUAUGGAAUGAUUUAGGUGGCUGGGUACAUAAGAUAUGUCAGGAGAAAGAUUUGCUGGAAAAUCGGUUUUCAGGGAACAGAGAUUUCCAGUAAGAUUAAUCUAUGAGUACACAGCUCUGUUAACUCUUCCUUAAUGUUUUUUUUUGCCUUAUAUUUUACCUUCUAAGAAACUUUUGCCACUUGUCAGGUGUUUAUUCAGUGGAUGCAUUGAUUACAGUUGCAAUGGCAGUACCUGAACAGAUCAGCACGUUAGGAAAUACAAAAGGCUGGCUUACAUGA